GCCGAGGGGUCGCUCCGGUAAUGUGCGCGCGCUCAUCAUCACCUGUCAUCCCGGUAAACCAGUUAUAGAUAUAGGUCGGCCGGUGCGCUCUUCUGGGAGCCUGCAGAGGAGUCACCACGGCUGAGGCACGGCGGGAGAGACUCAACAGCCCUGCUUGCCGAGGCUUUGUGGUGCCACGAUGAAGGAAGCUGGAGAAGCUAUCCUGCUGUUGUCGCUGCUGUUCUUUAUGCCGCAUGCAGAAGGAACGCGCUACAGCCUGCCGGGGAAGCCUGCGCUGACCAGGUGUCGCUCUCCUGAAAAAGAGACUUUCACCUGCUGGUGGGAGCCAGGCUCUGACGGCGGGCUGCCCACGACCUACGCCCUGUACUACCGCAAAGAAAACUCUGAGGCGGUGUAUGAGUGUCCCGACUACCACACGGCCGGGCAGAACUCCUGCUUCUUUAACAAGAACGACACAUCCAUCUGGGUCAACUACAACAUCACCGUGGUGGCCACCAACGCGCUGGGCAGCACCUUCUCCGACCCCGUGGACAUAGACGUGGUCUAUAUUGUCAAGCCCAAUCCUCCAGAGAAGGUAGCGGUGACUGUAAUGGAGGACAAAGGCUGGCCCUUCCUUCGAGUGUCGUGGGAACCGCCACAUAAGGCCGACACCCGCUCCGGUUGGAUCACGCUCAUCUACGAGCUCCGCGUCAAGUUGGAGGGGGAAAAUGAAUGGGAGAUGCACCUUGCAGGCCAGCAGAAGAUGUUCAACGUUUUCAGCCUGCGGUCAGGUGGUAGAUACCUCAUUCAGGUGCGCUGUAAGCCCGACCAUGGCUUUUGGAGUGAAUGGAGUUCCACUUCCUACAUCAAAGUUCCUGACUAUUUCCAUCGGGAAAAGUCAGUGUGGGUCCUCGUCACGGUCUUUUCCGCCUUCAUCUUUCUCAUCUUCACAUGGUGUAUACACAUAAACGGCCACAGUCUGAAGGAUUGCAUCCUACCACCAGUCCCAGGUCCGAAAAUCAGAGGAUUUGAUAAGCAACUUCUCAAGAACGGCAAGUCAGAGGACAUCUUCAGCGCACUGGUGGUGUCUGAUUUCCCCCCGACCAAUUCAUCCAACUAUGAGGACUUGCUGGUGGAAUAUUUAGAGGUUUACAUCCCAGAGGAGCAGGAACUGAUCAUGGAGGAAAGCAAGGAUCUACAUGACGGCUGCCUCAAACCAAAAGGCUCCACGUAUGACAGCGACUCUGGCCGAGGCAGCUGCGACAGUCACACCCUGCUGAUGGAUAAGUGCGGAGAGGCAAAAGAGGACGAGCGGCAAACAGACCAGGAGGGCAGUCAGACAGGUUCGGAGGCACAAAGGCAGCAGGCGGCCUGGGAGCAGGAAGCGCUGACAUACGCUCAUGAAGAUAUGAUCAGCCCUGAUAUGUCUAGUGGGAGGGUGAAGACCUGGCCUUCUGUGUUUUCUCCACUGCCCCAGUACAGCUUAAGCCCACUUAAUCAACCGAGCUCGCUUGAAACGGCCAAGCAGCACUGCCUUUCUGACAGCCUCUUCCCCCCAGGCUCCUUAUCCUCCUACCUCACUCAGCCUGGCCAGACCACCAAAGAGGCUCUCGGGUCGAGCUAUUGGGAUUUCUGCUCCAGCAACAAGCAGCCUCACGUGCUCCAUCCGCAGCUGGAGGCCCGGCAGCAUCUCCAGGCCCGCAGUGAUGUCAACAUCUCCAGCAUCGGCCACAAGGAAGCACCCGUCGGCCUGCAGCUGCCCACCGUUCGGUCUACGGAGUACGUCGAAGUCCACAGGGUCAACGAGGAGGACAUGGUGCUUCUCCAUCCCGUUCCUUCGGGCCACGGCCAUGGAAAAGGCUGCCAGGGGGAGGACUACAGCAAGGUGAAGGGGGUGGAUAAAAACAAUGUGCUGCUGCUCCAGAGAAACUCGAUGGAAGAGCAGGUGGACGCGUGCCCUUGUGAGAACCGGGACACACGUGGAGCGACAGAACACUGCUGCUCUGCUCAGAAGUCUAUACCCUGCAUUCACAUUGCCCUGCCAGCACAGGACGAAAAGGCAGGGAAUGGUUAUGUUGACACUGCCACCAUGUUCACGCUGCCCACUCACUAGGUGCGACGUAACUUGUUGGACAUUGCAAGAUGCGUGUUGUAGGCCGGGACUAAGACAACAAGCAGAAACACUGGAUGACUCCUUCAAACAGUGGUUGCAAAGACAAUAUUUUGUUGUCAAAAGAUGGCCAUAAUUUAUUUUUCAUCUUCUUCUCACAUGAGAAACGUCUUUUCACUGAUUACAGUGCAGCAGCCUCGAGUAGGCAGCUCUGUCUCCACCGUGCUGGAGAAUAGUCUGACUGCACUCAUUACCGUUCUGCUGUAGAGGACUUUAACACUCUGGCAUUAAGCCCAUGACGCUGCAACGUAGUGAUGGAGUCUUUGCUAGUCUGGAGAGAACCUGUUUUGGUUGAACCAUGCUUAAAAAAAAUGGAACUUUUUCCAUAACUGUUGGGCAAACAUGCAUCCGUGCUAGUCAUGCUGCUCUUUGUAGAUCCGUACAACCACUCAGUGUAAGAACAGAGCAGACCUGCCUUAUUGCACGAUCCAAGUCUUCAACAAAACCUGCCGUUUUUAGAGUGUGGGUUGUUGGUUUGGAGGGUGUUGCUUUUGUUUCUUAUAGCAGAGGAGAUUUAGAAAACAAAGGUAGGAGAGCUCCACUGGCAGGCUUAUACCCUUAGUCUAAAUCCAGUGAGUCAGACUAACUAUUAACAAGUAUCAACGAGCUGAAUGAUGUAAAUCAUCAUUCAACUUCACAAAAAAGGUAAUUGAUGGUAUGAAUUAUGUGGUACUACAUGUUGUCAUUCUGAUUAUACUCUAUGUCUACCAUAAAUCAUCAUUCUCAGGCACAUAAACUUUUCAAAAAUCUGUUUUCAUCAAUAUACUACUGUUGUUUCUGUUAUAAACUACUACAUCAGAUGUUUUUAGUUCAACUUUCGUCCAUGUGUAUUUUCCCUUACCGCUAUAUAACCCUUACAUUUUAAAGCUAUACAGAAUAUGGAUCUGAAAAGAAGGAAACUAAGAAAGUGGAUGUAAACUACUCUAUUUUAUGACAUUAUAAACUGACUUUCUUCUGUCAAUACAUUUACUAAAUUAAAAAAAUAUAUAUUUUUACAAAAACAUUACAUAUUUUGUGCCGUAAUGCUUGGAUGGCCAUGUACAACAUGUACUUUUGUUGUGCAUGCACAUGUUUCUGUAUAGCUACACAUACCAAUAGCUUGACACGUGUAUAGCUUUAAUGAUACAGUUUGAAACAGCCCUUAAACUUUUUUGAAAAGCUUGCCAUAAAAAAUCA